GUCAUUUUCUUCCUCCAUCUCCACCCCAUACCUUGAUGCCACUUGUCUCCUUUUGCACAGAGCACCCAUAUACUGGAUAUACACACACUUAUACACACACACACACGCACAUAUACACGCACUGUGAGUGACUGUGUGAGAGAGAACACUCUGCACUAUUUUAGCAAAGCUUCACACACCUUUAAAAGGGAGCGUGAAAUGUAGGAGCAUUUGAGGUGAAAAAACAAAACAAAAAAAAAUGAUGGCUUAUUCAGCGAGAACUACGAUCAGCAAACUCUUCAAUCGCCGCCGUUUUUCCCUGACUCCGAGGCCUGGAUCUCCGCAUUUCUCGACCUCAGCUGCCGUUGCUUCGGAGCCGCCGCCGCCGCCGCCGGCGGAGGUGCUGAACGGGCCGAGAAUUUUGGGGAUGGUCAAAGAGUACGAGGAUUACCGGAGGAAUUUGUACGGCGGGCUGACGCACAAGGCUUUACUUGUUGACGCCGUCGGCACUCUCGUUGUUCCUUCCCAGCCAAUGGCCCAGAUAUAUAGACAGAUCGGUGAAAAGUAUGGAGUCGAAUACUCCGAAUGCGAGAUAUUGAACAGAUACAGAUGGGCGUAUGGACAGCCUUGGGGUAGAUCGCGUCUCAGAUAUGUGGAUGACGGAAGACCGUUUUGGCAGUUCAUAGUCAGUUCUUCGACGGGCUGUUCCGAUUCUCAGUACUUCGAAGAACUCUAUAACUAUUACACCACCGAAAAGGCUUGGCAUCUAUGCGAUCCAGAUGCAGAGAAAGUGUUCAAAGCUCUUAGAAAAGCAGGAGUUAAGGUAGCUGUUGUGUCCAAUUUCGAUACUAGGUUAAGACCUUUGUUGAGAGCACUUAAAUGUGAUCACUGGUUCGAUGCUGUGGCGGUUUCUGCUGAAGUUGAAGCAGAGAAGCCAAACCCUAUGAUAUUCUUGAAAGCUUGCGAGUUCUUGGGGGUAGAACCGGAAGAUGUUGUACAUGUUGGAGAUGAUCGGAGAAACGAUGUGUGGGGUGCUAGAGAUGCUGGCUGUGAUGCUUGGCUUUGGGGAAGUGAUGUUAAAUCCUUCAAAGAGGUUGCUCAAAGAAUUGGAGUUCAGGUAUGAAGUGGCUCCCCACAAUUUGUAGAGAUGCAGGCUUUUUGUAUGGAGGAGGAAUCAGAUUCUGUAUAUAUUUUAGUUUCCUUUCUUAAUUUCUUUUUCUUUUUUGUAAUAUGUAUGAGUGCAAUUUUAAAUAGAAUAAAUUGCAAAACUAUUUAAAUAUUUUGUAAAUAUUUUUAGGAAAUAUUUGAGGUUUGCUUAAGGUUUCGGUUUCGGUUUCA